AUGGUGCAGUCCAGCGAGGGCGACUGGGAUCCCUUCGAGCUGAUGGGGGGCAUGGUGGAGGAAGGGCAGCGUAGUCGCUUCGAGGAGUUUGAAGUAUCUUUGCGCCCGGCUGCUACGCAGCUUCCUGCCGUGGCGAUCGGGCGGGGCACAAUGCCCUUCGAGAAGGCCCAAGCAGCGAGGGCGCGGCGCAUUCCCAACUUCCUCUCCGAGGAGGAGGUGCAGCACCUGGAGCGAGUAGUUCUGGAGAUGCGAGCCGUUUGUGGUCUUCAGGCCAAAACGAGACGAGGCGAACUCCGGUCCACGGUGGGCGCAUCGUGGACCACCACCUUCUUGCACACGAAUGGCGAGUUCCAGAAAAGGGAGCCGGAGCUGGUCCGCAGGAUCCGCGCGCUGGCCGCCCAAGUGAACUCCGAGGAGCGCUGGUCCAUGCCGGUGGAAGAGGGCAACCUGAGGUGCAUUGAGCACCACGAGUACCUGAAUGGCGGAGGUCUCGCCGACCAUCACCAUCGGGACACGGGCUCCCUGGUGACGAUUGACCUCAUGCUGAGCGAAGCUUGGCUCCUUUUGAG